ACAACUCCCAAUCGGAAGUUACUGUUGAAGCUAGAGCAGCCAUAAUUGAUGGUGGCAGCAGGAGCAUUUCCUAGCUUCCUGUUUCCAGUGUGACGUAGACUUUUCCUCCGCUCACUCUCACCGUUACCCGGGGCAACAGCUGAGACGUCGGCGAAGGGAUGCACCCUUCCUUGCAUAGGCUCGAAUCGAACUCUCCAUCAUCUUGAUCGUUCCAGAUUGGACGCCUAAAGCUACAAGAAUAAGACCAAAAUUUUCAGGAAAGAGUUACUGUAUCCAACAGUCCAGAUAUGGCAGAAGUGAAGUCAAUGUUCCGAGAAGUUCUUCCAAAACAAGGGCAGUUGUCUGUGGAAGAUGUAACCACAAUGGUGCUGUGUAAACCCAGGAUUUUACCCUUGAAAUCUCUGACUCUGGAAAAACUGGAGAAAAUGCAGCAAGCAGCACAAGAUACAAUUCGCAAACAAGAAAUGGCAGAAAAGGAACAACGGCAAAUAACCCACUGACCAAUAACCUAGCACUCUAGAGAAGAUACUCCUUUUCAAAUUACUUAAUAACAAAAAUAUUCUACAUCUCUAUGCUGAAAAUAGUAUUUGCUAAUAAAUUGAAUAUUCCUUUAAGUAAAAAUAAAGAUUGGAGACACUUGU